UACCCACUGUUUAUGUCAAUGAAUUGUCAAGUUGAAAACAACACAAUGAGCACAAAUCGCCCUCAACCUGAUGAACCUUCAAAUAUUGUAAAGAAACUACCCAACAAAAAAGCUUGGCGUCAAAAACGAAAGCGUUUGAACAAGCAGGGUAGGAAAGAAUUUAAAAGAAACAAUAAAUUGUCAUUCACAAUGUCUACAUGGGCAGAGACCUUCACGUUAGCUUCAAAUUGGCAAAUAAAACACCAGCUGGCGUAUUGGAAAGCGAGAGCUAAGGCACUUGAAUACGAGAAUAGUAUACUACAUGAUAUAAUUCGUAAGAAUUACCUUGGGAACAGCUCAAAUGCGGAAAACACGCACGUCGAAUCGGAACCUGUAGAUCAAGAUCAAAUUGAACAAACAAACGAAGAAGCAAGCCAUACUGAUUAUGAUCAAAAUGAUGUUGAAUGUGCUGAAGUGAAGUCUGAUGAUGAAGAAGGAAAUGAUUUUGAAGUGAGCGAGGAAUUUAUAGAAUUUUUAAGAACAAAUGCGAAGUAUAAAGAAGAUGCGCGGAUAGAACGCGAGAAGUUAAAAGCAAAGCAACAGGCCCAAGAAGAAGAACAAGAAGACAGUGAGGAUAGAACUAUAAUGAAUAAUGAACAGUUAAAAGAACUCUAUGGAGAAAAGUGGCAGAGGAUAAGUGCUUUACAAAUGUCGUUAAUGACAGAUUUCAUGAACAGAAGUGAUGAGAGUAAACCUGUGUAUUGGCCUAACAUACCAUUUAAUUUUAAUUAUAGCUAAUACCUAUUAUAAGAUGUUAUUUUGUAUUUUAAAUAAAUGAAAUAUAAAUUUAA